AUGGAUCCCCCGCCGCGGCGGCUAGCCGCCCCGCUCCUCCUCCUGCUCCUGCUCCUGCUCCUCGCCGCGGCCUCCCCCGCCGCGCGCGCGUGGAAGAAGGACGAGUUCCGCAACUGCAACCAGACGCCCUUCUGCAAGCGCGCUCGGAUCCGCGCCCCGCACUCGCUCGACGCCCCGCUCUCCCUCGCCGUCUCCCCCGACGGCUUCAUCUCCGCCGAGCAGUCCCACCCGUCCCGCUGGCGGCCCCUCGUGCUCCGCCUCUCCGCGCUGCCCCCGCACGCGCUGCGGCUCCAGAUCGAUGAGGAUUACUCCACCGCCACCCCGCCGCACCGCCGGUUCCACGUCCCCGAUGUCCUCCCGGACCUCGAGGCCCGCACGCUCCACCUCCCCGAGCCCAAGACCGCCGCCGGCGUGUCCACCGUCGCUCUCUCCUCCGACCUUGACGUCGUCGUUAAGCACGAUCCGUUCGAGCUUACCGUCCGCCGCGCUGGGUCGGGCGAUCCGGUGCUCUCCUUCAACUCCCACGGCCUCUUCGACUUCGAGCCGAUGCGGGAGUCCAAGCCGGAGGACGAGACGUGGGAGGAGCACUUUCGGAGCCACACCGACAAGCGCCCCCGCGGUCCGCAGUCCAUCACCUUCGACGUAUCUUUCUAUGGCGCCCACUUCGUCUACGGUCUCCCGGAGCACGGGUCCACCUCGCUCGCCCUCCGCCCCACCCGCGGUCCGGGGGUCGAGGAGUCCGAGCCCUACCGCCUCUUCAACCUCGAUGUCUUCGAGUACCUCCAUGAAUCGCCCUUCGGUUUGUAUGGCUCGAUCCAGCGGAGAUGCAGAUCGAUGUGCUUGCACCAGGUUGGGAUGGGGCCACUGCCCAGGAGAACGGGCGGAUCGACACACUGUGGAUGGCUGAGGCUGGUGUCGUUGAUGCAUUCUUCUUUGUUGGUUCUGAGCCAAAGGAUGUGA